AUGCUAUCUUAUCAGCGACCAAUCACCACCAGUGAGCCUCAGCUACGGCGCGAUAGACCUGAAGCCUACCCUCCACAGCAUCAUGAAAAGUAUCACUCAAUCGACCUGUCCGAUGACUUCCAUCAACUCGUUCGGGCACUGUCAGAUGUCUUGGGUGAAUCUUCCGGCAUCAACUCGGAUGACGUUGAUGAGAACGAUCUGAUCCGACUGAUGGAGCAAUAUACCUCCCAAGAAGGCCAAUGGUGCCAGUACGCCUUUGCCGACCCCAGUCGAAACUACACCCGGAAUCUUGUUGACGAAGGGAAUGGCAAGUCGAAUCUGCUGUUGCUCGUCUGGAACCCGGGCAAAGCUAGCCCGAUCCACGACCACGCGGACGCGCAUUGUGUGAUGAAGAUACUCAAGGGCACUCUCCAGGAGACAUUGUAUUCCGUGCCACCAUGCUCCAGUGACAAUGGAAGUGAAAGCUCAUCUGGCUCAAUCACACCGCCUCAGAUAAGGAAGGAGACACUCUACCACGAGAAUCAAGUCACAUACAUUUCGGACAAGAUUGGUGUGCACAAAAUCUCGAAUCCAUCACCAACCGAAGUCGCCGUGUCACUGCAUCUCUACACGCCACCCCACGCCGCCAAUUUCGGCUUCAAUCUUUUUGAUGAGAAGACAGGGAAGCCGACACAUAUUCAUCAAGCUGGCUUCUACUCUGAUCGAGGAAAAUUGAUCGAGAAAUGCAAGUUUGGAUCGUUUUAG